AUGUCCCACCUAAACACAACGUUUUCACCACCCAAAGGUUUUACUUUGAUAUUACUUAUCUGGUAUUUGAUUGUAUUGUGUUACUGCCUGUACAAGAGAGAAUUAGUGGUGAAAACGGACCAACUAGAAAUAGUCGAGAACCGAGAAUUUCUUCAUAAAAACGUAACGAAAACCAUUUUACUGUGGAACGGCGUCAGGAGGAAGGAAGUUCGAAUUUUUGGAACAGGUAACCAAAUUUUCGCAAAACAAAAUUGUCCAGUCAAUCGCUGUGAGAUCGUCAACAAUCGCACAGAACGUCCGAUCGAAAGUUACGACGCCAUCAUCGUCGUCUUUCACGACGAAUUAAUUACUCCCUAUGAACUCCAAAUGCCAGAAUUUCCAAACGGACGCAACCCCAAUCAGCGCCUCGUCUUUUUGACCCAGGAGCCUCCAACGAGUUUGAAACGCUAUUACAACACGAGUCACAUAACUAAUUUUUUCAACUGGACCAUGACGUACAGAAUGGACUCUGACAUUCCUUUUCUCUACGGUCGAGUCUUGCCAAAAGAGAUGGCGCCUCGAACUACAGAAGAAAUUACACAUUACAGAGAAAUGGCUAAAAAAAUCAGUAAACCUCUGCAAGAAUCGCAAUUGCGCAAUAAAACGAAAACAAUCGCUUGGAUGGUCUCCCAUUGCAAGACUCACGGUCAACGUGAAAAAUACGUGGAGGAACUCCGCAAAUAUAUGGACGUCGACAUUUACGGUUCAUGUGGAAACGGCAAAUUUUUCUGCCAACGCCACGGAACGUAUUUUUCGGAGCCGCAAUGCAAUAAAGUGAUUGAAUCCACCUAUAAGUUCUAUCUCUCAUUUGAGAACUCCUUCUGCAAAGAUUACGUCACUGAAAAAUUCUUUAAAAUCUUGGAUCUUUACAUGAUACCGAUUGUUUAUGGAGGGGCCGACUACACCCAGCACGCGCCACCCCAUUCCUACAUCGACGCCCUAAAAUACAAACCGAAAGAGUUGGCCGCUUAUCUGAAAAUACUCGACGCCGACAACGCCCUAUACAACGAAUAUUUCUGGUGGAAGGAUCACUAUCGAGUUGAGUUCAUCUCGGAGUACACAUCACGUCACGGUUUCUGUGGUCUCUGUCAAAAGUUACACGAUAUUCAAACUCAAUUUAAAUCCUUUGCUGAUCAAAGAGUGAUCUCUGAUUUAGGUGAUGACAGCAAAUGUCAACCUAUUGAUCCUAAUUUGGUAGCAUAAAUUUAUGAAU